UAUUUUUUUUAUUCGCUUUGAUUCCAAGAAGACGUUAUAUUUUCUCUAGUCUUUCAUUCUUUGGUUACCUUCUAAAUAUAAAUAAAACAAGUCAGAUGAUUUUGACAGCUCAUAAUUUAAUUUAUCUGUUUGCUGGUGUUGAAAAAUAAACAAAGUUUAUCCUCAUUCUAACUGACAAGUAUCAAUGUAAAUUGAAAACAUGAACGACACAGAAUUUUGUUCAAGAUCUGGUGAAUUUUUAAUUUUAAUUUGUUUUUAUAGCUGAAGAGUCUGAGGAUUCAUCAACAUGGAGUGAAAAUUCAACAAUGAAUAAAUUUGGUUUAACACUUGGUAGAUCAUUAAAAAAUAAAUUUAAUUCAAAGUAUAAUAGAAAUUUUAAAAGUAGAACAUUUGCAACUUUGAGACGUGCAAAACAUGGUAAAUUAUAUUCAUCAGGAUUAGAUAAUAAUUAUUUACCAAUUGAAGAAAAUAUUGAAACAAUAACAAGUCAUUUUGAACAACAAGAAGAACUCAUGAAAGAUAAUCUAAUAUCAAAAAUGAAACGAUUAGAAACACUCAGAGAAAUGCCACAAUGUUUAACAAUAAAAAGAUCAAUAAAAGCUAAUUUAACAAAUUCAAUAAAUUUAAAAACAGAAAUUAAAGUUGUCAGUCGUUGGAAACAAUUGAAAUAUUCAACAAGUAUAUUUUGGAUAAAGUUUUUUGAUAGCUUGAGAGAAAUCAAUUCAUCCUUGGAACUCUGGUACAGUUCAAUCAAAACAAUUGAAGGAAAUUUCGGUAGUGGAGUUGCAACAUAUUUUAAAUUUCUUCGAUGGCUUUUAUUGAUUAAUUUUAUCAAUUGUAUUUUAAGCAUUAUUUUCGUCUCAACACCUCAAAGUAUUAUAAAUAAUCAGAAAAAUAUUAAUUUUAAUUUUUGGGAUAUUUUCAUUGGAAAUGGAUUUAUGAAAAAUUCAAUUUUUUACUAUGGUUCAUAUGGCAAUAAUACAAUUGAUAAUUAUCUUGGAUUUCAAUACAAUAUACCAACAGCUUACUGGACAACAAUGUUUUUAUGUUACUCGAUAACUUACAUACUCUUAUCAACAAAAGUAUUAAAAUCAUACAGAAAAUGUUACAUUGAAACAUCUGGUGGAAUGCGUAAUCAGUAUGCAUCAAAAAUAUUUUCUAGUUGGGAUUACAGUAUAGCAUCAUUAAAAACAGCAAGUAGAUGUUCUAUUUCAAUAUACAGAGAACUAAAAGAAUUACUUGCUGACACUCAUAAUCGUGAAAACUCCAGCUGUUUUGAUAGAUUUAAAAAGCUAUUUAUACAAUUUUUCAUUACAAUUGUUGUCAUAGGAAUUAUAUCUGGUACAAGUUUGUUAUUAUGGAGUCUUUUAAAAUCACAAAAAAAUGAAUCACAAUCAAUAUUAAUUGCUCCACUUGUUGUCACAAGUAUCAUGAAUAUAUUUCCAAUUAUAAUAACACAAUUGGUAAAAAUUGAACGUUACAGUUCAACACGUGUAACACUUUAUGUUAAUAUGAUACGUAUAUACACAAUGACUGUUGUUGUUGUUGCAACAUUUUUAACAUACUGGCUUUUAUAUGGUAUUUUAAAUUGUUGGCAAACUGAACUUGCUGAAGAAAUAUAUCGUCUUGUUAUAUUUGAUUUUAUAAUAUUUACAAUUGGUAAUUUUAUAAUUGAAGCAUUGAGAUAUAAAUUAUCAACGAUAAGUAAAAUUAUAAAACCUCCAAAAUUUGAUAUUGCUCAAAGUACACUUAAUCUUAUUUACAAUCAAAUAUUAUUUUUAGUUGGUUUUUAUUUUAGUCCACCAUUGUCGUUGAUAAUUAUUUUUAAAAUGUUUUUAACAUUUUAUAUUAAAAAAAUUAGUUUAAUGAAUUAUUGUGAACCAUCAUCAACAUCAUGGAGAGCUGCACAAACACAUACAUUAUUUUUGGCAUUAGUUUUUCUUGGUAUGACUGGUGUUAUUGUUACACUUGGAUAUAUUAUAACAAGUGUUAAAAGUAAUGCUUGUGGACCAUUUAUUGAUUAUGAAUAUACAUGGGAAACAAUUGUUGAUAAAAUAUUUAAUUUAAAAAAAGAUAAUCAAUUUAGAAAAAUUAUUACGUUAUUUUUAAAACCUGGUGUUGGUGCUGCUGUACUUAUUGCAAUGAGUAUGAUGGUGUAUUGUCUUCGUGCAAAAGCACAAUCAAAUAAAAAAAUGGUUAAAAUACUUAGACAUAUGCUUGUGCUACAAUCAAAAGAUAAAGAUUUUUUAAUAACUGAAUUUUCUGCUGUUGCUGAUGAAGAUUGGUUAAAACGUAGAACUAAAUUCAAUGAAAAUCGUAGCAGCGCAAUGAACAGUCCUGUUAAAAAAGACUCAUCACCAAAUGGAAAAAAAAAUAAUACAUUUAUUGAUACCUCAUCACCAAGUUGCUCAAAAAAUUACGUUACUUUUGAUAUUUCUGAAGAUUGAAUAAAAAUACAAAUUAAUUUAUAAUUCAUUAAUAGUGAUUAUUAAAAAUUUUUUGCUAUUUUGAUAUUUUUAUAUCAAAAGAUUUACA